ACGAGUCGUGUCUUUGCAGGGUACUUGAUAACUCGUGUGUAACUAUUUACAAGGGACAUUCAUUCACCAUGGGUCAGUUGAAACGCUUUGUGGUUCCAGCCGUACUGCUAGCGUGCUUCCUGCUGGCCGCCGCCGAUCCCGAUUGCGAAGGUCUAAACGAUAGAGUAGAUGAAAUGGCUCAGUGUUGCCAGGUGGAAUCGAUCAUCCCGCUCGACGGGGCAGCCGAUUGUUCCGCCGCCGCGGAAGCAGCGACAAAUAAGCAUGAAAAAAUGAUGUGCCCAAUCCAGUGUCAGCUGGAGUCCAUCGGCGUGAUGAACGGCAAGGACCUUGUGAAGGAGAAGGUGCUUGAGUACGCCAACCGUUUAAGCGAGGACUGGAAGGAAGAGGCGAUCGCGGUGGCCAACACCUGUCUCGAGAAAGUGGACAUUGUGAGCACCAAGAUACAGGAACACGGCCAAUCGAUGAAGUGUUCGCCAGUCGCAGGCAUACUGAUGAUGUGCCUCCUGAAGGAAACGAUGGAUAAUUGUCCCGCAGACAAGUGGCAAAACACCAACUUCUGCAACAAAAUGAAGAGCGGCGAGUGCUUCAAAAAACGCGGUGGUCACUAGCGCGGUAGCUGUGACUGCGCCCCAACGAUGGCCUAAACGAUCAUCCCAGACGAGGUGGACGAUUGAUGGAAAUGGAAAUACAUUAUAUACCUGUAAAGA